CUUAGCUCAGUCCAAGGCUUCACUUCAUACAUCCCUCGCCAUUUAUCGUCGUCGAGCCACCUCGCCAUGAUCCACAUCUCCGCGCUACACGGUAACCUGAUCCUCGCCGCCAUCGGUCGAAUCGCCGUUAGAUACCCAAACGAACUGGCCAUCGGGUCCAUGUCAUACGGACAGCUCGCCUCGAACGUCCUGAGUUCAGCUUCCAACCUGCUCAGCGUCUCUUUGCCGGAAGGCAUGCUGGGAGGCUACGACCUCGAGGAGGAAACGGUCAUCAUGCCGGGUCUCGGACUGGAUGCCAAAGUCGUAGGCCUACUGGCUACAUGGGCUGCCGGAGGCAUCGGUACAUCGAGCGACCAUCCCGGGGAAUUAGACAGUCCGGACCUGCCUCUGGUGUUCUACGAUCCAUCGACCUCGUUGGGCGGCGAAGCGCACCAUCCCUACAGGCUAGCCGAGCUGGAGCUGCAUGACGUUCGACCCCGACGGGAGGGUGAUGAGACGGUCUACGUGGACAAUACGCAAGUCGCCUCCUGGCUCGCCGAGCUGGAACUGACCGACCUCGAGCGCAAGGCGUAUGUCGUCGAAAAUUCUUUACAGGGCGUCGAUACCCAAGAAGCCCAGGUUCCCAUCGAAGCCGAGCGCAUUACCCUAACUCACCGUCAAGUCGCCUCGCUAGUCUUUGGGAUCAACAACAACGACCCGUCACCCGAACAAUCUCAGCUCCCGCCCAAGGACCUGGAACUAUUUCAGCGGGUAGCUCGAUUGCUUCAACAGCCUGGUUCAACGAAAUGAGGAGUUGGUGUGA